GGGAGCGGCAAACUGGGAAUGUCAGCUAAACAGAGGAAUGUGGAGCUAAACAGAGGUUUUGCUUACUCUGGCCUUGCUUGGUGAAUAAUGUAUCGACUUCUCUUGGUUCAGAUGCUACAUUGUUGUUUCCUUGUGGCCCAUUCCUGCCCUACUCUGUGUACUUGUGUUUACCUAGGAGGAAGCAAUGGGACAGGUCUCAGGUCUGUUUUGUGCAGCGAACCCCGCAUGUCGGCCAUCCCCCUCAAUGCUCCAGCCGACACAGUCAAGUUUCGUCUGGAGAAAACCUCUAUCUCCAGAGUGCCCAGGGCAGCCUUCUUCUACCUGUCUGAGCUCCAGUUCCUGUGGUUGACCUACAACUCCAUCACCACCAUCCACCCCAGCAGCUUCCUUAACUUGAAGGCGUUGCGUGAGCUGCGAUUGGACGGGAACCUUCUCUCUGCCUUCCCCUGGGAGGGGCUUAGGGACAUGCCGCGGCUGCGCACACUGGGUCUGCACAAUAACCGCCUCUCCAGCCUCCCUGCCCACGCCGCCCUCUUUCUUCCCAACGUCACCUACCUGGAUCUGUCCAGCAACAGACUGACCACUCUGCCCUCAGAGCUGUUGGACCUUUGGUUCCCUCCCCCUGCCCAACUAACAGGCCCAACACAGAGAAGAGUGCUAGGUGUCCAUGACAACAUGUGGCAGUGUGACUGCCAAAUCUCUAUGCUGCUGGCCCAGUCUAAGUACCAGGAGAGCCCUGUAGUUCUGAUGGACCAGCUCCUGACCUGUAGCCAUAGCGGGGGAACCGCCGACCAGCUGGGGGCCCCCCUCACAGAGGCUGACUUGUCGCGGUGCCAGAGGCCCUCUGUCCAGCCUUCAGCCACCCGGGUUACCUCCCCGCUGGGCAGCAACGUGAUGCUCCGCUGUGAUGCCACAGGCUACCCCACGCCAGUACUCACCUGGACCAAAGCAGCAGGAGCCUCCUUAUACAACACAGAGUGCUGUCAACAACCGUAUAGCAAAGCUGACCCUGAAAAACUGCCCAUUAACUUGGACAGCUUUAUUCAGGAAUCUCCGCGUGUGGGAAUCCGAUGGUCCAUCAUCAACCUAAAUGGACUUUCGUACAAGGAUGCAGGAGAAUAUCGGUGCCAGGCACGGAACAUGGCAGGAACAGCAGAAGCCCCCAUUAGACUUAGGGUGGUGGGGGUGGUGCCCCCUUCCAUAAAGAGCAAGACCCGCAAAGCCCCUUCUAGAUCCUCAACCAGCAACAGAAGACCUCUCCCACAAAAGCCGAAACGGGCACAGAAUAUUACUUCAAUCUCCACCUCAAAAAAGAAGACUCUUCUGAACCUCAAGUAUGUUACAUCCCCCACUCCAACGAACAAGACCCAGAGUAUCAAAAUGGCCCCGGUCCCCACCCCCCUGAAAAAAAUGUAAUCGUCCUCAAGUACAUACCCAAAUGCAAAAAAGUCCAACAGAAAACCUCAGAUAUCUGUCAAUACUAUACCCACCUCACCAGAAAACACUACCACUACAUCGUCUUCACCAGAAAA